AUGUCGCCAUCCGGCUUCGCACCAGUUUCGCCUAUCGAUAUCACUGCCGAUUCGAGACGCUAUCGUACGGUCGACUUCGACGAGAAAUCAGAUAUCAAGGCAACGACUCGGUCCCUUCGAACAAAUUCAACGGCUUCCAGUACUCGGUCUGCCAACCCGGUGCGGAGGACCCGCUUCGCUGAAGCGACCUCCGUCCUGUCCCCCGCCUCUGGUCCCGGUGAACAUCAGUCGCCAUUUGCAGAUCCCAAGAUGGAUACCAGCAAUAUUGACGGGCCCAAACCGUCGGAUGUGGGCUUUGGGUAUAUCACAGACAAUCAACCUGUCGAACAGCAUGCUACCAUCAGAGGAGAUCUCAACGGCGCGGCUGGUGCUCCACUCAAAUCAGCCUUGAAGACUCCCGGUACUGCUAGUCGAAUGUUGAAUCCCCUGAGCCCAACGUUCCGCGAAGAGCAGACGUUGGAGAAAGAAGAAGAGAAGACGGAUGUCCAGCAGGCAAAGGAUCUGACGGUCAAGAAACGGGUCCGAAUCGCCAAGAUGGUCCUUCGUGGCAUCAACUUCUCCUGCUCGUUGAUCGUGCUAGCCAUGCUCAGCACAGUCCUUACCAUUUUCCAUGCGACCAAGUCGCUUCCGCCGCGCAACAAUCUACCCGCAUGGGCACCAAAGCAGCAAAUAUGGCCGCAGAUAGUGGUCUUGACCAUCGCUUGCAUCUCUUUGCUGUUCUCCAUCAUCGUCAUCCUGGCCUACUGCCGAGGUGGUCACCGGCGGGCCGAGAAAGUAGCGGUCUACUAUACUAUGUUUGCUGUGGGAUGGUUCAUGUUUAGCAUUGUCAUGUGGCUUGUGGGCGCCGGCAUCUUUCACGGUAGCAAAGCCAAUGGCGGCGGGACAGAUCUUUGGGGUUGGAGUUGCAAGGACAACAAGCGACGACAACUGUUCGAAGAUGAUGUCCACUACGCCCUUGUCUGCCGCUUGCAAGACUGGAGCUUGAUCUGCUGCAUCAUUGAAGUCAUAGUCGAGGUCCUUGUGAUCGCAAUCUACGGCAUCGUCUUCUACCGAUUCUGGUCGAAGAACCGUCUUCGAAAAUCCAUGGACGCCCGUGAUCGAGCUCGGACCGACCUAUACCUCGCUCAAUUACGCUCGCAAUCGGCGCCCAACACGCCCGGCUUUGCCCAAACCCCCAGAACGCCAGGAUUUCCCAGUCACAAGUCCUUGGACGUCUCGCAUCUUGCAGAGCAAGGGUAUUCGUCGACACAGUAUGUGGCUGCAUCUCCGCAGUCGAAUACAACUGCCUCACCUUUCAAGCUCCAAGCUCCUCCCAUUCGAGUGCAGCACGCCUCACCCAGGCCGGCGGCCGGGGCAGGGUUUGAGAGACAGACAACGGCCAGUCCACCUCCUCAGCCACCAAUGUCCCCUCCUCCGGAGGAGAGGGUGCACGAACACGUAUCCGCAGCGCCUGGCGAGCAGACUUAUGCGUCUGUCCCCAUCCCAGGGGCAUAUGCACCACAUUCCAACGGUCCAGCACUAGGGCAGGCAUAUUAG